CUAAGGUUCCUGCCUGCUGCUAGGUCCUCAGGGGCAGUCAGCAAUCCAGGUGGCCCUGCCUGGCCACCGGUGCAAAAUGAAGUACCCACUGGUGCCACUGGUGAAUGACCUCACGCUCUCUUUCCUGGUUUUCUGGCUCUGCCUGCCCGUGAGUUUGCUGCUGUUCUUGAUGAUCAUCUGGUUACACUUCUUACUUGGUCAAGAUUCAGAGGAAAAUGAUUCAGAUUUAUGCUUCAACUGGGAGCCCUGGAGCAAAAGACCAGCAGAGUCAGGCUGUGAGGGGACAGUCCAUGACCAGGAGGACAGGAUCCACUGUUGAGCCUGCCAUACCAGGUGUCAUCUGGCCCGAGUGGAUGACAGGAAGAGAACACUGGUGCCCGAAGAGCCUUCCUG